AUGACCGGAGUCCGUGUCGGUCGUGUGCCGAAGCGCCGGAGAGGUCAGCGCGUAAAGCGUCAGUCAGUGGUGAGAAUGAUGGCAAUCAUGCAGGAUAGGAACAGUUCCGAGGUGCCGCGGGAGUUCUUAGAGACUGGUCGGACGGGACGGAGGAACGCUAUGCCGGACAUACUACACCCUCAAGGGGCGGAGGUGACCACCGCUGACUUACCGUCGCGGCUACAACAGCUAGUUACUACUGAUCCAGAUAAUCCUCAGCCGAGCACUUCCAAGAGCGAUCUCGAACAAUCCAGCUCUGACGUCACUGAGAAGAAAGACAGCUGCAGUUGA